UAGCUCACUCGUCACUCAGUUGGCUUGCGAAUCUUGAGUAUCAUUGAUCAUACUUUAUAUCUAUUUACAUAAUAUUCAUAAUUGAAGUAACGCCUGACAUUUUUUAACGUAACUGCAUCUAAUUUAUUGACGAAAACAUGCAUUUUAUUUUAACUCAGUUACUUCUGGCAUUAACGGCGUCAGCUGUACCUCUCAUCGACAUUGGACAACUUUAUGACCAAAAACUGCAGAUUCCUUUCAAUGCUAUUGAUAAUUCAAAUGAUGGAGUUGACAUAGGUGAACUUUUCGAGUAUAAAAAGUCUGAUCCGAUUAAUUAUCCGCCAAGAUUUAAACGACGUGUUGAACAACUUUCUGAUGUCAGCGAACUUGGAAGUAUAGACAGCAGCAAUGAUAUCGGUCAACUUUAUGACCAAAACUCGCAAACUAUAACUGAUGACGUGAACAAGUUUCAAAAUAAUGGACACGAUAUCGACGAACUUUACCAAUAUAACAGCAUUGAUACCACUAACUAUCCACCAAGAUCCAAAAGAAGUAGUGAACAACUUUCUGAUGUCAGUAAACUUGAAUAUAAAGACGGCGCCAAUGAUAUCGAUCAACUUUAUGAUCAAAACGUACAGACUACAACUGAUAACGUAAACAAAUUUCAAAAUAAGGGACUCGAUAUUGACGAACUUUACCAAUCUAACAGCAUUGAUACCACUAAUUACCCACCAAGAUCCAAAAGAAGUAAUGAACAACUUUCUGAUGUCAGUAAACUUGGAAGUAAAAGCGGCAGCAAAGAUAUUGGUCAACUUUAUGAUCAAAACUCGCCAAUUACAAUUGAUGACAUAAAUGAAGUUCAAGAUAAUGGGCACAGUAUUGACGAGCUUUAUCAAUUUAACAGUAUUGACACCACAAAUUACCCACCAAGAUCCAAAAGAAGUAAUGAACAACUUUCUGAUGCCAGUGGACUUGAAAUAAACAAUAGUGGGAUUAAUCAUAAUGACGCUGCAGCUUUCAAUAUCCGACCCUUAAAUGAGAAUGAUAUACCAGUUAUCGACAUUGGAAGUCUUUAUGAUCAUGAAAGAAAAAUCCCACGCAAUGAACUGCCUGGCUCACCAAAUAAUCCAGGGCCUUUAGACUUAGAAGAUCUUUAUCAAUACAAUGGAAACUAUCCAGUUUAUCCAAAACACUAGCUUUUAACUCUUAGCCCGUUUUUAUAGUAUAUUUAUUUAUUUAUUCAUUAUAGUCAAAAAAAUUUAAUAAUUAAUCAAUGUUAAGCAGUGUAAAUAAAAAUAAUUCUUUCAGUAUGUAUUGUUUUAAAUUGUAAAGUAACAAUAUGAUUUAACUAUUUGUAAUUUUUUAUUAGGCCAGUGCUAUUUCAAUAAAUUAUUUAUUUUA